CGCUUAACAACUGGAGAGACGUAGAAUUCAGGUUUAGUACAUUGUUUACUAAACACGCAGGCCUACUAAUUAAUUGAUUCGUCGAACUAUUUUUCGAAAAUUCCACUUAUCAAAUCAAGGCCAUGUUACGCUAAGCGCAUUUUCCUUUUAUAGCAGCUGAAUUGACUUCCCAAAAUAUCGUGGAUAAAUUUAUAUAAAUUAAAACUAUAUCAUGGCGAAAGAAACUAUUUUGAACUUGAUACUGAUAACGCUGACCUUAUUUUCGGAGGUAAAGGGGAAUCCGAUUCUAAUUGAGGCUGAGGUGCCACAGAAGACUGUUGAAACUACACACGAUGAUUCCUUUGACGCGAUAUUGAAAAUAAACAAAGAGCAAGAUGAAGAAUUUUAUCAGGGGGAUAUCGUGAUGCCGAAAACAAAAAAUGCACUGCAGGACAAAACGAAAAGAUGGAGCACCACAGUUCCGUAUGAGAUUCAUGAUCAUUUCAGUUACGACCAAAGGAUGAAAAUCACAACUGCUCUGCGUGAACUCGAAGUUCGGAGUUGUCUAAAAUUCAUUCCACAUAGCACUGAACCAGACUACGUGAAUUAUGAGAUUCAAAACGGAUGCUAUUCGAAUGUCGGCGUUGUCGGAGGGAAACAAACAAUAUCAAUUGGAAGUGGUUGCGACAGCCACAGAACUAUUUUACAUGAAACAUUCCAUGCCCUUGGAUUUUGGCAUGAACAAUCGAGAACUGAUCGUGACGACAAUGUUCGAAUUGUUUGGGAAGUGAUCUCUCCAGGCCAAGAGUAUAAUUUCGACAAAUACGAAAGCGAUCAAAUCGAUGAUCAAGGCGUUCCAUACGAUUACGAUUCCAUAAUGCACUACUCUGACACUGCAUUCAGUGUAAAUGGUAGCCGAACAAUUAUACCAUUGAAGUCUGGGGCUGAAAACAUGGGAAGAAUAACAAAUCUUUCAAAAUUCGAUAUACAAGAAUUGAAUUUGCUUUAUGAAUGCAAUCCAAUUUUGGAGGAAUCAGGGCACACUACUUGGACAUCUUGGUCCCCGUGUGAUAAAAACUGCAAAAGAGAACGUCGUAGAUUUUGUGAUGGAAAUCAAUGUGCAGUUUGGGGAGAGGAAGAAGUUGAAACAGCGGAUUGUGACGUACCGUGUCAAGUUGGAUACGAUAUCGACUGUGGCCCGGCGUUGAUAACAGGAAUGUCUGGAACAGUAGGCUCUCCACUGUUUCCAUAUAACUACAAAUCAAACUCCGAUUGCACUCAAACAAUUCAAGUUAUAGAUGAAGCUCGCAUUCACCUACAUUUUCAAGCAAUGGACGUCGAAGAUUAUGCCGGAGGAUGUUACUACGAUUUCGUCCAUGUAUAUGACGGACAGGAUGCCAAUGCGCCAAAGAUUGGUACAUUUUGCAGUACCAGAUUGCCACCUAUGAUUAUUUCAACCGGAAAUACAUUGACGAUUAAAUUCACUAGCGAUGACUCUGUGCAGCAACGGGGAUACUUAGCUCAAUAUUACGCAACAACUGCGAAAGAACACGUAUGUGAGUUCGAAAAUCCCAACGAUUAUUGUGGAUGGCAAGACGACACUUCUGUUGAACUGAUUUUCAAUUCGAACAGCGGAAAAACAGUUUCUGAUGGCACAGGGCCAUCUGUCGAUCACACAUUUGGGAACGAUGCUGGGCGCUAUCUAUUUCUCGAAACAUCUUCUCCAGCAGCAAGCGGACAGAAAGCACGAAUAAUCAGCUCAAUGUUUAGAGCGACUGGAAAUAAUUUCUGCUUCAGUUUCUGGUACAACAUGUAUGGAAUUAACACUGGAACGCUCAAUGUAUAUUUGGUGGUCAAUGAUGUAUUCACAACUCUUGUGAGCUAUUCUGGAGACAAACUGAAUGAUGAUUGGUAUCAGUCAUCUCUUGUCAUCGCCACUUCUAGUGAUUAUCAGAUUGCGAUUGAAGCGGUCAGAGGAAAUGGAUACCGUGGUGACAUUGCUAUUGACGAUGUUAUCCUUGAAGAAGGACCUUGUAAAUAACUUGAACAAAUGAGCAGUUGAAAGAAGUCUCUGCUUUGAAGUUUAUUUCUAAAUUUAUUGGACCUAUAAAUAGUUUGAUUUUCGUCAGAGGUAUAAUAGAUUGGGCAAUUCUUUUCAAGCUCUGUUUCGACUUCAUUUCAAAAAAAAAAUACCAUGAUCAAAGAAUUUAAAAAGGAUUUCCUAAUAACACAACUCUGAUGAAUCUGCACGUCAAAAUAAUUAAAUAACCAUAAUAAAUAUAUUACGAUAGUUAUAUAUAUUUUACGAUGAAAAUAAAAUGUUCCUUUUGUGGUGGAUC